CUGAAGAGCAACAGCUAUUUGUUUAAAAGAGGCCAUCGCUCGAAAACAUCUCUGUGCCUCCCUCAGACUGCUGUGCUUCAGGAGAGAAGAGCUGGAAAGCCUGAAGCCAGCUGCUGGGAACUGGAGCUUCGAGGCCAACUUAGACCCGUGUAGAAGCAGAGAGCUACCAUGUGCACAGGGAAGUGUUCGAAGUGCAUUGGGAUCACCCUGUUCCCACUGGCAGCCUGUGCCAUAGUCUGCAACAUCCUCCUGUAUUUCCCCAAUGGACAAGUUCUGCAGCUCAGUGAGAUAACUGAUCUGGUCUGGUUUUUCCAUGGCAUUCUGGGAGCUGGGAUACUGGUUAUUUUACCAGCAUUCAUGAUGCUAGGAGCAGGCGGAGCAGGAUGUUGCGCUAACAGAUGUGGGAUGCUGCUGUCAGUGGUCCUGGCUGUGCUGGGAUUUGCCGGAGGAGCAUACUGUGUGGUCAUCUCCUCACUGGGGCUGAUUGGGGGCCCUCUGUGUGACACAGGUGAUGGAGAAUACCUCUAUCCUUUCAGGAAUGACACUCUGGAAGGCAAUUAUUUGUUCAAUCAGACAACGUGGAGCAUUUGCAAAGAACCUGAAAACAUCAUCCUUUGGAAUAUCAUCCUUUUCUCUAUUCUCCUGGCCAUUGGUGUGAUUGAGGCUAUUCUUUGUUUUAUUCAAGUCAUCAAUGGACUCACUGGCUUCAUAUGUGGCACAUGCAUGAGGAAAAGAAAGACAACUAUUUCUGGAAUGUGAGUGACCUACAGGACAAGCAUUGAGCUGCCAACUCACACACAAUAAGGAUAGUGCACUGUGAUGUAUUUAUGAGGGGGACAACAAAGAAAACCUAAAAUGUCAGGAGUUUCAUGGAGGGAAAUGAAUUUUUGAUAAAGGAGUCAGGGUGGAAAAGGUCUGGAUCACUUAGACCUGAGACUGCAGCUUUUCAUCUCUCUAAAUAUAUCUACUAGAUCUCAGUAGGUAUUGGCAAAACCACCAAUCUGUCUGGUCCUGACUGCUAUACUUGCACAUAAAACACAACAGUACCCAUAUAAAUCUCACCACUUGCCCCCUGUGUAUAUGGGAAUCUGAACCAUUGUUAAUGUACACAUUUAUCAGCUUCACCAAGCAGAAGCUCUCUGGCUGGAUUUAAAUAACCUCCUGUCCUCCCAAAAUCCCAUGAGCUCACCCAUCUGUUGCUAUUAACUUGCUAACUGGGCACUUCCAGAUUUAAAUUAGGGUGUGCAUGGAAUAUAUUGAAGGCAUAUGUAACACCACAGAGGCAGGCAACCGAAGCAUAGUUUUCAGCCACUCUGGAGGCAAAUCCUCUUGUGCCCAUUCAGUGGCUUGCUGUAGUAUUUGACGAAGUCCAGUGCACUUCUAAAUCAGUUCUUCAGAAUCAUCUAAGAGAUGUGGCAUUUGAAUCUGUAUAGACAAUAGGGGUUGCAGCAAAAGUUUAGAAAUGUCUGGUUUCAUGAAACAGUCGAGAACCUCACCACCAAUUUUGCUCACUGGAGACUGCAUAGGAAUUUCACUGAUUUCCACAAAGGUCUGUAGGGCUGUUCUAGAAUAGAUUACAUGGACAAGCAAUUAACUAGUCAAGAUAAACAUCAAAUCAAUAAAGGUAGUCAUUAUGUGCAGCUUAGUAGCAAAUAAGAGAUACAAUCGGAAAGGCAACAGAUUGCAUCAGUCUUGGUGUUACAGCUACAGUAAUCCCAAGUGGGAACUGUGUAAUUCCUCAUCACUACUCAAGAUCAAGGCAUUGACACUAAAGUCCAUGACCGGCAAAUUUCAGAAGCCCCAUCAUUUCAGCGACUUCCUCAGAGGUUGAUUCCUGGACAUGCCACUGAGUCAGCCAAACUGUAAGAUAACCUUCAUCCAUCCUGAAUGCACGUACACAGUUAUGAAAAUCUGAAUAUACUUUAAGCACUUGGAGUCCAUUUUUCACAGAGAAACACUGAUUUUUUCUCAGUCAAAAGUUGUUCACAUUUCUGCAUUGUAGCAUAGAAGCAAAUUAUUUGAGCACAGCUAAUGUGGACACACGUGGCUGUGCUGUCCUCUAAUGCAGCACAGAAAAUGCUUUGUAUUAGUGUCCCGUUUGCACAAAAUGGGGAAGAAAACGCCAGCUGCGCUAGAUGAGGAGCACAAGUAUUCUGCCUUGGAGUAUCGCUUCACCCCUAAAGCAGGAAAUUUGACGUAUAAAACUUAAAAGUACCUUUUGUAAAAGAAAAAGAUGCAUAAGACUUGUCAAAGUUUGCAGUCGUAGCCAGGAGCACCCAAACCUGCCAAGUGGCUUAAAUGGCUCAUGCCCAUUGUCAGCAGUGAAGCCUGGGCAGUGCUACGAUAUAAAGCAGACAUCAAAAUAAAGCCAACUGAUUCAACCAGGAAAAGACUCAAGGAGGCAGCUAGAAGCAAGGAUAUUCAUCAUGCACUCAGGCACAGACAGACUCCUUCAUCAGCAGAGGUGCUCUAUGAGCUCUUCAUGGUCCCUAAACACCAGCCCUGCCCUCAUCCUUUAGUCUUGCCUCCCUGACCCUCAUCUCAAUGAUAGAGCCAGUUUAGGCUGUGCUAACACGGGGAGAGGGAGUUGUACCCAGUGGCACACACCAGUUCCAGCAUGGAAAAGUACAUGCACUGUACUGCUGCCAUCUGCUUGCUCCAAGCCUUCUGCCCUGGGGAUGUUCAGUGUCAUGUCUGCAUGCUUACAGGGACACCUCUGUCCUGCCGACUGUGUGAUCACUGGCCUCUCUGUUAUAUGUAAAUAUUAAAUACUGUCAUUCUGAA